AUGGCUCGCUCGUCUACCGCCAGCUCGACGGCGUCGUCAUCGGGCGAAAGCAGCUCUGCCAGCAACAAGUCGUCGUCGUCGGCAUCGCCGUCGGCCUCGUCAAAGUCUGACUCGUCGGCCGCAUCUUCCUCCUCCACCUCCUCCAACACCCUCGAGGCCAUGUCCUCCGUCCGCUAUCAGUCGGAUGAAGACUCGACGGUGGUUGCAGCCAACCUCGACGACUUUUUCAAGGCGUGCCGGCGUGGCGACCAGGAGCGUGCGCUCCGGAUGAUCCAGAAGAACAAGGUGGAUGUCAACACGGCGCAUGGGAAGAACGAGCGGACGGGGCUGCACAUUGCGGCCGAGGGUGACUUUUACGCGUUGGCGUCGAUGUUGCUCAAGCACGGGGCCAAUGUCAAUGCCAAGGAUCGGCGCAAGUACACGCCGCUGGACAAGGCGCUGCAGCACUCGUCGAAGCGGGUCCACGCGCUGCUUGUGGAGGCCGGCGGCUCGCGGAACCGGGUCAAGGCUGAGACGCUGCACGAUGCCGCUACACUGGGCGACUUUGAGGCGGCCAAGGAGAUGGUCAUCGGUGGGACCGAGGCCGACGUGACCGACGAGCGUGGGCGGACGCCGCUCCAUCGCGCGGUUGUGGCCGGCUCGGAGGACAUUGCGCUGCUCCUGCUCAAGGCCGGCGCCGACCCGCUGCACAAGGACAUCUUUGGUGUCACGCCGCUUGACGAGGCCGAGCGCCACCGGGCGCACGCCGGCUCGAACCGCCUGUAUGACAUGCUUGCCGGCGCCGCUGGCUCUGCCGAGCACCACAAGUUCUACCAGAACCACUUUUUCGUGGCCCUCGCCGUCCUCCAGGUUGUCCUCAUUGUGCUCUUUGCUCUCUUUGCCACCUAUGGCGACGACGCCGACCGCGACCUCGCGCUGCAGGACGGCAAGCUCCAGCCGAACGCCCAGCUUGACACCUACCCACUCUACCAGGACGUCCACGUCAUGAUCUUCAUUGGCUUUGGCUUCCUCAUGACCUACCUCCGCAAGUACGGCUUCUCGUCGGUCUCGGUCACGCUCCUCGUGGCCGCCUUUGUCAUCGAGUGGCACAUUCUUGUCUCAGGCUUUUUCGAGAACGUCUUUGACGGCGGCUUUACGCACAAAGUCGCCAUCGACAUCAACAAGCUGCUUGUGGCCGACUUUGCCGCCGCUGCCGUCCUCAUCUCGUUUGGCGCGCUGCUGGGCAAGAUCUCGCCGCUGCAGAUGCUCUUUGUGGCCUUUUGGGAGGUUAUCUUCUUUGCCGUCAACGAGGAGAUUGGGCUCCACCUCGAGAUUGCCGACGUCGGUGGCUCGAUGGUGGUCCACGUCUUUGGCGCGUACUUUGGCGUGGCAGCGUCGUACAUGCUCACCACGCGGGCUGCUAUGGCACCGGGCUCGGAGAAUGGCUCGUCGUACCGGUCGGACCUGUUUGCCAUGAUCGGCACCGUCUUCCUCUGGCUCUACUGGCCGUCGUUCAACGCCGCACCGGCCGCCGAGGACCUCCGCCACCGUACCAUCGUCAACACGGUGCUCUCCAUCUCGGCGUCGGCUGUCACCGCCUUUGCCGCCUCGUCGUACUUUUCCGACACCAUGCGCUUCGACAUGGUCCACAUCCAGAACGCCGUGCUCGCCGGCGGCGUCGCCGUUGGCUCCAUCGCCAACAUGCCCAUCGAGCCUUACGCCGCCAUCCUGGUCGGCACCCUUGGUGCCAUUAUCUCGGUCACGGGCUACGUCGUCUUCCUCCCCAAGCUCCAGAACUGGUUCGGCAUCCACGACACCGCCGGUGUCCAGGCCCUCCACGGCCUCCCGGGCAUCCUCUCCGGCAUUGCCUCGGCCAUUGUCGCCUGGUCGGCCUCGUGCUACAAGUUUGGCGGCGAGGAGGCCCUCGCCCAGCACUACUCCUCGUUCUCGACCUCGUCGUCGGACUGCUCCAUGAUUGCCCAGGGCACCAUGCAGAUCAUAUUCCUCGUCAUCACCCUCGCUCACGCCAUGCUCUCCGGCCUCAUCGUCGGCUACUGUGCUCGCCUGAAGUGGUUCGCCCCUUCGGUCGAGUACUUUGUCGACUCGGAGAACUUUGAGGUUCCCGAGAUCGAGGAUCCGUACUACUUUGACAACCACGGCCUCGAGGAGGCCGUCGCCACCAUUGUCGACGAGAUUAACGUCCGCAAGAACCGCUCGUACUCAUCGCUCUUUGACGUCGACGAGCCCAAGCCGGCUGCCAAGGGCAAGGGCAAGGGCUCCAAGGGCUCCAAGGGCUCCAAGGGCUCCAAGGGCUCCAAGGGCUCCAAGGGUUCCAAGGGCUCCAAGGGCAAGGGCCCGUCCAAGAAGGCGGUGGCAGGCGCGGUUUCCGCGGCCGCGUCGUUGCGGCUGAUGGGUUCAGCUGCCUCCGAGUCGGCGCACUACGCGCUCGGCACCAUCGUGAGCAUCAAAAGUUCCGAGACGGACAUCCGCGAGUGGGUCGCUCCUGCUCCACAUGUCAAACUCCUCUCUGGUACCGCGCUCGGUCUCUUUGCCACCUACUGUGUUCUACUCUCCAAGGAGAGCCUCAUUGCCGGCUUCUCGCCGCUCGGCCAGCAGCAGCUCCACUUUCCUUUGCCCAGCAAGUGCAUCGAGGCGUGGGUGAGCCUGCUCGUGACGAUGGCGCAUGCAGUUCGCGGUGUACACGCGUCUAUCCGUGACAAAAACAACGCUGAUGAAGAUUGCAACAGCGAGGCUGAUACUGACGACGAUGACGAACUGGACACCAAUGACGACGGCCUCGGCCAGUUCUACGCCCCGCCGGCCAUCUGGGCCACCGAUUCAGACUCAUCGUGUUCAAGCCCCGAGGCCUGGGAGAGCCUGUAGCGAGAGCAGCAUAGCGCUGCAACAUCUUGUCGAGUUUGCAGCUACGACUAUCAAAAACCAU